AUGAGUUUGGAAUUAAGAAACAAGAAGGUCACUGAAACCUUUGAAAAGUUUAAAAUUUCUGAAUGGGGCAAAGGACAAACAUUACGAACAUGUGUACAAGUGGCGACGAACGUCGUAGAACAAAAGCACCAGGUGUCGAGAGCUAAAAGAAGUCGUGCUCUUGGUAGUAGAGCGUUCAGGGGCAGUACUGUCUGGUUCACAGGUCUUAGCGGCGCCGGCAAGACUAGCAUAGCAUUUGCGCUCGAAGCUUAUCUAGUUUCGAAAGGAAUCCCUGCGUAUGGUUUGGAUGGCGACAAUAUAAGGACUGGCUUGAAUAAAAACCUGGGCUUUACUAAAGAAGACCGCGAGGAAAACAUCAGAAGAGUGGCUGAGGUGGCGAAACUUUUCGCUGACAGUGGGGUCGUCUGCCUUUGCAGUUUUGUGUCACCAUUCGCUGAGGAUCGUGAGGUAGCUCGUCGCAUUCACACGGAUUCUGACUUGCCGUUCUUCGAAGUUUUCAUUGACACACCUCUGGAGGUGUGCGAGAAAAGAGACACUAAAGGACUUUACAAGAAAGCCAGAGAUGGACAGAUCAAGGGCUUUACUGGCAUCACGCAAGAAUAUGAGCGUCCCGAAUCACCGGAGCUGGUGGUGCAGACAGUUGGACAUUCCAUUGAGGAGUCCACUAUGCACGUGGUGGAGCUACUGGAAUCUCAGGGUAUCAUACCACGUUUUGAAAACAACCGCGUUGCUAUUGAAGAAUUAUUCAUAUAUGGUAACAGAUUGACCAGCGCUAUUGAAGAAGCGGUUAGACUACCGCAAAUCCACAUCAACAAAUUGGACUUGCAGUGGGUGCAGGUGCUAUCCGAAGGCUGGGCUUAUCCUCUCAAAGGAUUUAUGAGAGAACAUGAAUAUUUAUCAGCUCUGCACUCGAACUGCCUGAUGCUACCUAAUGGCUCAGUAGUGAAUCAAUCUGUUCCCGUCGUUCUAGCAGUAGACACCGAAGUAAAGGAUCGUCUUACAGGAGCUGAUGCGAUCGCUCUUAUUUACAAUGGAAAGGUCGUUGCAGUACUCAGAGCUCCUGAGUUCUUCCCACAUAGGAAAGAGGAGAGGUGUUCCAGACAGUUUGGCAUUUAUCACGCGGAACAUCCUUACAUUAAGAUGAUCAAGGAAGCAGGAGAUUGGCUAGUAGGCGGCAACUUGGAAGUGUUCGAACGUAUUCGCUGGAACGAUGGGUUGGACUCCUACCGCCUCACGCCCAAUGAGCUAAGUCAAAAGUUCAAGGAACUUGGUGCUGACGCUGUGUUUGCUUUCCAACUACGGAACCCUAUUCACAACGGCCAUGCUCUUCUGAUGCAAGAUACUCACCGACAGUUAGUCGAGAGAGGAUUCAAGAAACCAGUCUUACUGUUGCAUCCGCUUGGUGGAUGGACGAAAGACGACGAUGUUCCACUAGAAGUGCGUAUCAACCAGCACAAGGCUGUGCUUAGCGAGGGAGUGUUGGACCCACAGUCUACCAUCCUCGCAAUAUUUCCUUCACCCAUGAUGUACGCGGGGCCUACUGAGGUGCAGUGGCACGCCAAGUGCCGCAUGAACGCGGGCGCCAACCACUACAUCGUGGGGCGCGACCCGGCCGGCGUGCCGCACCCGGCGGGCGGCGGCGACCUGUACGACCCCAGGCACGGCGCGCUCGUGCUCAAAAAUGCACCCGGACUUAACGACCUCGAGAUUAUUCCGUUCCGCGUGGCGGCAUAUGACACUUCAGUUGGAAAGAUGGCUUUCUUCGAUCCAACGCGCAAGGAAGACUUUGAUUUCAUUUCUGGAACUAGGAUGAGAGGUCUCGCUAGAUCUGGCAAGGAGCCACCAAAAGGUUUUAUGGCGGCAACCGCAUGGAAAGUCUUGUCCGAUUAUUACCAAUCCCUGAAAUCCAAGAUGGACACCAAUUAA